AUGGCAUCGCGGUUCCAGAGCUAUCUCGAGUAUGUCUUCCCAGGGGCAUCCGCAUCUACAUCGAUACUGACGGACACGACGGACAGACCCGAGGAGUCAACGCUGAGAUGUGCCAACUGCGCUGCCGACAUCUGCCUGGCAUCGCAGGUCAUCAGCAAAGGCUUCACCGGCCGCCAUGGACGAGCAUAUCUCGUUGCUGACCCCAAGGCUGCCCAUCCGGCCCUCAGCGCCCUCGCCAACACCAUCGCCCACCGCGCCGUCCCCAGGCAGCUCGUCACCGGCGCCCACACCGUCAGUGACAUCGCCUGUCGCUUCUGCCACACCAUCAUCGGCUGGAAGUAUCUCGCCGCCGAGGAGGAAGGCCAGAAGUACAAGGUGGGCAAGUUCAUCGUCGAGAGCAAGCGUAUCAGUCAGUCCAGCUCCCGGGACAGCACUUCUGCACACUCUCCUCCUACACACUCUACCAAACCAGCCGUAGGCGCUACAGACAAGAAGAAGAAGAAAGGUGGAGAGAUCGAGUUCGAUAGCCAGGACGAAGACGAGUGUGAGGAUCUCUUCUCUGGUGUCUGGACUCCCGCACUCGCCGCAAAGCGCAGACGUAGACGGAAACACAAAUCAUGA